UCAAGCAUCUUGCGCAAUCAUCUCCAGCUCUGCGAAGCCUAGGAACAUUAGCCACCGUUCUGUAGCCAGCAAGCAAAGCCACCGAACCAGCAGAAGUUCGGAAACCAAUCGACGUUUAGACGACAUCCUUUUCGGUCUCAAGUGUCCUAUUUCAAAAUGCACGCCGCCGGUCUGUCCGCUCUGUUCUUCGCUGCUGUAGCUCUCGCCAGCCCAGCCCCACUGAGCGCGCAUUAUUGCAACACCUUCGGAUGCCAGUUCAAUGAAGAUUCUCAGGCACAGGCGCGAUGCGUCGCAUUCUGUGAAGCUCUCCCCGGCUCAACCAAGAGAAGUCCCGAGCCGCUCUCAAAGGACUUCUGCGAGCGCCCUGGCAUUUGUUACUUCCCAGAGGACCCGGCCGCUCAAGCUCAGUGCAUUGCCCAAUGUGAGGCCAUUCCCGGUUGGCUGAAGCGCAGCCCCGAGCCACUGAGCGAGAGUUUCUGCAACUCUCCUGGAGUCUGCUACUUCCCAGGAGAUGCCGCUGCUCAAGCUCAGUGUAUUGCUCAAUGUGAGGCCAUUCCCGGUUGGCUGAAGCGCAGCCCCGAGCCCCUGAGCGAGAGUUUUUGCAACUCUCCUGGAGUCUGUUACUUCCCAGGAGAUGCCGCUGCUCAAGCUCAGUGUAUUGCUCAAUGUGAGGCCAUUCCCGGUUGGCUAAAGCGCAGCCCCGAGCCACUGAGCGAGAGUUUUUGCAACUCUCCUGGAGUCUGCUACUUCCCAGGGGAUGCCGCUGCUCAAGCACAAUGUAUUCAACAGUGCAUUGCAAUUCCGGGCUGGUUAAAGCGCAGCCCAACACCCCUUAGCGAGGAAUUUUGCACCACUAUUGGUUGCCAGUUUCCAGGUAACCCUGCGGCUGAGGCCGAGUGCGUUGCUCAGUGCGAGGCUAUUCCAGGAUGGACCAAGGCAUAAAUGCUUAUAGGCUCAUAUCGUGCCAGAACAUGAUUGUUGGAUUAGAGGGCAUGAGAGUCACAUUUCAGCUAUGGGUCGGCGUCAUGUUACUUGGAAACUUUGGCUUGGCUGUGGUUGGGUGGGUUGCUUUCCGGAGUUAUGCUUGGAUGGAGAAUGGCGCAGAUAGAGGUUUCCUAGCAGAUUGUUA